UGGAAUGCGAGCUGAAGUAAUCGAGCUCGGCGCGAGGACAGGCAGCAGGACAGCGUACCCGCUCACACCGACAUGGAGUAACGGAGAGCCGGGGAGAGAGAGGGACACUCACCGGGUCCAGGAGUCGGGAGACACCGCCGCGUCACGGCUGUCUCGGUGCAUCCAAAAGCGACUCGUUGACGGAUACUGAGCGCGAUGUAGCGGGAUUCAUGGCGCACGGAUUCCUUCACUGUGUGUGAGAAAGCAGCAGAAGGCGAGUCGGCCAGUCGGCGCAGGGAUCGGCGGUGCGUCCAUAAUGCUGUGGCCGCUGGUGGCGCACUUCCUGUCGGCUGUCGCGCUGUGGCACCCCGCUGUAGGACAGUACUCCAGCGACGAGUGCAGCUGGAGGGGAAGUGGUUUGACACAUGAAGGACACGCACGCGAUGUGGAGCAGGUGUACCUCCGCUGCUCUCAGGGCUCUCUCGAGUGGCUGUACCCGACGGGCGCCAUCAUCGUCAACCUGCGGCCCAAUGUGGCGUCUCCGGCCGCCGCCCACCUCUCCGUGUGCAUCAAACCGUCCCGGGAAUCGAGCGGCACGCACGUCUACCUGGAGCGGAUGGGUAAACUGCGCCUGCUGCUCCGCGAGGCCCAGCAAGCCGAAGGCAAAGUGCACUGCUUCGGCAUCCACGAGGGGGCGCUGUUCAUCGAGGCCGUGCCUCAGAGAGACAUCAGCCGGAGGAUCACAGCCUUCCAGUACGAGCUGGUCAACCACAGGCCCGGCGCCGAUUCUCAAUCGCUGAUAGCCCCGUGUCAGCCCUGCACUGAUGCCGAGCUGCUCCUGUCCGUCUGCACGAGUGAUUUCGUGGGGCGUGGCAGCAUCCUGGGCGUGGAGGAGGAGGAGGACGAGACGUCGGUGGGCGUCGGUCUGUCCCGCGUGUACAGGCAGAAGAGCGAGGUGUUCGUGAAGACCGGCGGACGGGUGAAGAUGUGGACCGGGAAACUCCUGAUGCCUCACGAGUGCGGCGUGAAACCCGGCGAGGGCGAGUUCCUCUUCACCGGCACGGUGCGGUUCGGACAGGCCUGGCUCGGCUGCGCGCCGAGAUACACCGACUUCCUCAGGACGUACCAGGAAGCGGAGACGCAGGGGACCAACCCCUGUCACGUAGACACGAACUGAGCCUCACGUCACGUCACGUCACGUCACGUCACACACGUCUCCCUGCUUCGUACCGGACGCAUCCGGCUAAACCUUCAAAAACUAAAUCGGACUCUUUCCCGAGAGCGACUUUACACGUAAACCCGACGUUCUGAUGAAAAAUAUCUGGCAGUAAAAGAUGUAGCACACGUCCGUGUUUAAACUUUAAAAAAAAAAAAAAUGUGAAAACAUUACGAUGGAAGUCUGUUGCUUUUGUAAAAAGCUCGUGUGUACAGUUUUUAUUUGUGUUUUUUUGGGGUUUUUUUUUUUUUUUUUUUUUUUUUUUGCAGUUGUCUUUCAUGACAAAAAAAAAAAAUUAAAGAAAAAAAAACCUGCUUUUUAUUUUCUUUUCAUAUUAUUAUUAAAAAUUUUUUGCAAAGAAGUGCGAUUAUUUGCUUGCGCUGUGCCUCCAGGCGGUGGAAUUACAAACUUCAGAAAGAUUAAAAAGGAAAAAAAUCAUUUUCUCCGAGGAACUGGGGUGUUUUUGUUCCGCACAUGAACACAGCUGCACCGUAUCGCUUUCAUAUAAACUCUUAC